UGUUUAUACUGUAAUAGUUCAUAUACUAUUGAUUACAUCACAAAAACGCAUCGUAUUUUUUUUACUACCGGUGCAAUGAUCGACCCAAGGCGCUUAAAGAAGGAACAAGCAGAGAAACACCCGGGAUUCAGUUCGUAUUUGGAGUGUAUGACCCGUGCGUUAUUUACUGGUCUGGCAACAUUCACGCUUGGCUUUUCAGCGACGUAUUUCCUCCAGAAAAUUGUAGCGAAACAUUUACCAUAUCCACAUAAAACUGGAAUUCUUAUAUCAUCUUUAGUGGCAUCUGCUGGAUCCUACAAAGUAACUUCUGAUCGAACGAAAUCCUGCCAGGCCGGUUGGAUGUCCGCUGAAAAUAAACAUACAGCAUUGAACGAAGAAACAAUCGAUCAAUCGGAUUAA